AUGGACCAACUUCAUCUUACUCACUCUCUGGCGGACGCUUUCAACGCUCUUGCCGACGAGGUCCAGAUCCUGGCUGAUCGAAAGACCGUCCUCGAGCACAAGUUACGGUUUGCACACGAACAGUUUCAGUACUUGGCGGACAAGUAUGCAGCAGGAACUCCAGAAAUAGCGGAAACGCUGGCCAAGCUACAGCUUCCACCACAUACCUCUGUCGACGAUACCACACCCGUUCCCCUACCUCAACGACGCUCCACACCGCAGCCGCUACACCAAAUCGCAGUCAUCAUUCGUGACGGGCGGCGGAUGGCUAGCAAACUGGUCUCACUGAGCUCUUCAAGCAAGACGACUGGCUCUAGCAGAGAGACUCUGUCCCACACAUCACAAGACCAGACAUCCAUGUCCACAGCGUUGGAACAGGACUUUACUGUAGAAGGGAAGAAGGGUAAUUUGCAAUGCCCCUUCUCCAAGGAGGCGUCAGUCGGUGGCACAAAUGAUGGCGAGAGCAGACAGAGUGUCGAUCACACACCUCACAGUUCUGCAGACCCCAUAUGUGCGGCCAUGUUUGAGGAGGCAACCUCACAACCUGCCCCCAAUGGCGCCGCCUCCUCCAAAUGCCCAAUUCGUUUCAUGGACAAGCACUCUCCCGAGGAGAUUGCACAUUACGUGGAAACCCACAAACAUGAGCUUCCACGUAGCCACGAGGUCUGUUUGCGUCGAUACCAGCGCAAUGAGACACAAAUCAGAAAGCUGGACUCCAAAUACGGCAAUAUUGUGAGCAUGAUUGAAGGGCUUAGCCAUCUACAUCAACCGAUGCUUCCAGAAUCCGAGGAACAGCUGCAGCAACAGGGCCAAGGAGAUGGAGAUUCCAACGGUCGAGUGGAAACCUGGGCACAGGCUGUGAGUGGCGGAGGAGAAUCCGAUGCCAAUGAGGUAUUGGCGCCGCUUGACGAAGAUCGGCAGAGCCAUUUCGAUCGACCUCUGAAAGAAGUUCGUGUUGGAGAAUCACCCAGCCGGCCUUGGGGUAUAUCUGUACCCAUCUACGAAACUUCGAACCACAGAGAUGACCAUCCUCUAUCACCGCCUCCGGCCCCUGUGCGGAUGCCAGGCUCCACACAAGGCGAUGAACCAGCUGCUACCAGUGGAGCAGGCAAAUGCCCCUUUGAUCAUACAAAGUUUUCUGCAGGCUUUGCAGGGCCACCGCCGUCCACCCCAAAGCCUGAGGUCAAGUCUCCUCAACCGACACGCGGCUUUGAGGAUACGCCUUUUACCAGUUUGAAAGAGGCACCGGCCACAUCCGCAUCCCCUCCACUCAAACCAACCUUUAUAAACCCAGACGCAACACAUGCCGAGGGCAGUGGAGGACCACAAAUGAUCUUCACUGGGCCAGUCUUCAUUGGAUAUCCAAUGGAACAGGCUAUUGAAUUUAUGAACCGCUAUCGAGGACCUCAGUGA